GGCUGAGCAGAGAAAAGCUCUGACCAAUGUUUGUUCCGCUCUUCAGCGGCUGCGGCUUCAUAAUUAAUUGCAGAUAUCUGUCUCCUAUCGAUGUGUGUGUACGUGUGUUGUGUGUGUGUGUGAGUGAGUGAGGGAGUGUGUGUGUGUGUUUUUGCCUCUUUCUCCCUAAACCGAACAUGAAAUAGUUUGUUGGGCUACACUUUUCCUUCCUCCUCUCUGUCCCCCCUUCUUUCCUUUCCUUCUCUUCUCUCCUCUCCUUCCUUCCUUCCUUCCCGUCCUGGUUCGCGGACGCACACGGACUCGCGGAGACCCAGCUGCGUUCGCCGCCGGUGAUGUUGGACAUGGGAGAGCGCAAAGAGGUGAAAAUGAUUCCAAAAUCCUCCUUCACCAUCAACAGUUUGGUUCCUGAGGCCGUGCAGAGCGACAACAACAACCAGCAGCAGCAGCAGCAGCAGCAGCAGCAGCAGCAUCAUCACAGCCAGCACCACCUGCACCACCAUCACCACCACCACCAACCAGAGCCAGAGCCAGAGCCAGAACCUCCACCAGAACCUCCACCUCCAGCAGCAGCGGGCCGCUGCCGGCGCGGACGAAGCCGAGCUGAAAGCGGCAGCCGCGGCUCCGCAGCAGCAGCAGCAGCAGCAGCAGCAGCAGCAAGAAGGAAAAGCGGAGGCGAAAAGUGACGCGUCGACUCUCCUGCAGGAGAAGAUCAGCGCCGAGGAGAAGCAGCAGCAGCAGCAGGAGCAGAGGAGAAGAAGGACAGCGGCAAAGACGGAGGAGGAGGAGACGCCGCGGGGAAGGAGGGAGAGAAGAAGAGCGGCAAGUACGAAAAACCUCCGUUCAGCUACAACGCGCUCAUCAUGAUGGCGAUCAGACAAAGUCCCGAGAAGCGGCUCACGCUCAACGGCAUCUACGAGUUCAUCAUGAAGAACUUCCCGUACUACCGCGAGAACAAGCAGGGCUGGCAGAACUCCAUCCGGCACAACCUCAGCCUCAAUAAGUGCUUCGUCAAAGUUCCGCGUCACUACGACGACCCGGGCAAAGGGAACUACUGGAUGCUGGACCCGAGCAGCGACGACGUCUUCAUCGGCGGGACCACCGGUAAGCUGCGCCGCCGCUCCACCACCUCCCGGGCCAAGCUGGCCUUCAAGCGCGGGGCCCGCCUCACUUCCGGCCUGACCUUCAUGGACCGCGCGGGCUCCCUGUACUGGCCCAUGUCUCCCUUCCUGUCCCUGCACCACCCGCGGCCCGGCGGCGCGCUCAGCUACAACGGCGCGUCCCCGGGUUACCCGGGUCACCCCAUGUCCUACAGCACCAUGCUGACCCAGAACAUGGCCAACAGCCACUCGUCGUUCCCGCCCUCUAACGGGCUGAGCAUGGAGCGGCUGGUCGGCGGGGAUCUGCCCUACGCCACGCACCACCUGACCGCCGCGGCCCUCGCGGCCUCCGCGGUUCCCUGCGGCCUCUCGGUGCCCUGCUCUGGGGCCACGUACUCCCUCAACCCGUGCUCGGUGAACCUGCUGGCGGGACAGACCAGUUACUUUUUCCCGCACGUGCCGCACCCGUCCAUGAGCGCGCAGAGCGGCGGCGGCGGCAGCGGCGGCGGCGGCGGCGGCGUCUCCCUGCAGGCCGCAGCCCGGGCCGCGGCCUCCGGUUCCCCGCAGGCUCCGUCCUCGUCCUCGCUGCCCUGCAGUGACUCUCUGCGGCCGCCGCUGUCCGCCGCUCUGCCCGCCUUCUCCUCAGGACUGUCCGCGGGUCUGUCCGAUUAUUUCACCCACCAGAACCAGGGAUCCACGUCCAACCCGCUCAUCCACUAACACACACCGGAACCACGUGACCCCGACCUGACCCCGUCCACCUGAACCUCACCCCUCCAUCCCUCCCUCAUCCUCUCAUCUUCCCGCCCUGAAGGAGUGAAAAUCUUUAAAAAACAAACUCUGGAACAUUUUACACUGAACUUUAAAGUUGUAAAACAAACAAACAAACAAACAAACAAACA